CAACCUGGACAGUGCAUUCAUAUUAUGCAGGAAAUUUGCAUUUAAUAAAUGUUAUGGCAUGGAGUCUUUUCUUACCUUGCUCCUAUUACUAAUAUGCGUGAACGCCAUCGAAGCUGACUGUCCAGAUAAUUGGAUAAAGCAUAGUGGACAAUGUUACUUAUUUGUGGAUCAUACAAUGUUAGACUGGAACGACGCUUUGAACUUCUGUAAAAACUUUGAAUCUGAGCUUGCUGAAGUACAGACGUCAAUUGAAGAAAACUUUUUAGCGCAGCACGUGAGGCAACUUGGAAAAGGAAACGGGUUCUGGCUCGGUGGAAGUGACAUUAUUUUGGAAGGGGAAUGGAUGUGGAUGACAAGUAAAACACUUCUUAGUAUGGGGUACACAGCCUGGAUGCCAGGGGAGCCAAAUAAUGAAGGAAAUAAUGAGCAUUGCUUGGAAAUAAAAUGGAACAGUUUUCUUUGGAAUGACACACCAUGCGACCAGCAACGCCAUUUUAUUUGUGAAAGAGAAUCUCGUCCCGGGGGUGAUGUCGUUGGCUGAUUGGUUUCAACUCCACAGAUAAAGACGUUAACUGUAUAUAUAAAGUAUAAAGGAAAACUUCAUG